AUGUAUCUCCGUCCAGUCCACGCAGAAGCAUCCAUCCCCAUCCUCCAACAAUUCAUCCGUGAAAAUCCCCUGGGCAUCUUGACAACUUCCAUCAGCUCACCUUCCUAUCCUCUUAUCCAGUCCAGCCAUAUUCCAUUCAUCCUCGAUGUCCCAAAAAUCUCAACCGAAACACCCUCAAAUGGCAUCCUCCGCGGCCACAUGGCCAAGCAGAACCCACAAGCAAAGGCAUUGAUGGACGCUCUUGCAGCAUCAAAGGCACAAGGAAACAACACUUUAGAACUGUCCGAUGAAGUCCUCGUCCUUUUCAACAGCCCACACCAUCACUACGUCACGCCCAAGUUCUACACCGAGACGAAACCCGACACCGGCAAGGUCGUUCCCACAUGGAACUACGCUGCUGUACAAGCCUACGGCAAGAUAACCGUCUACUGCGACUCCAAGUCCGGUGAAACAGGCUCCUACCUACAGAAGCAAAUCGAGGAUCUCACAAACCACGCCGAGACCUCCAUCAUGGGAUGUACGGGAGAGAAAGUGAAGCCGUGGCUUGUAUCAGACGCACCAGAUCGGUAUAUUGAACUUCUUAAAAAGAACAUCAUAGGCAUUGAGAUCAAUAUAGACAGAUUGCAGGGUAAAUUCAAGAUGAGUCAGGAGAUGGGUAAGGGGGACCGUGAGGGGGUGAUUAGUGGGUUUGAAGCGCUGGACACGGAUGUUGGAAAGCGGAUUGCGCAGACUGACGAGUUCAACGGGAAGAACUAUGUAUACUCCCGGGAAUUCGCACCGAAUGCAACACGCUUCGAGGCUAUCCUGUCUUCUCUCCUCAACGGCCAUGCAGUCAGCUACACCACUGGUCUCGCAGCCCUCCACGCUGCGUUAAUCCUGCUCAACCCGCGCCGCAUAUCAGUAGGUGAAGGCUAUCACGGCAGUCAUGAAGUCAUCGCCGUUCUCUCCCGUCUUUCAGGCCUGCAAAAGCUUAGCCUCGAUUGUCCUGGUGAGCAAUUGGAAGCAGGUGAUGUAAUUCUGCUCGAAACACCGGUGAACCCGUACGGUACUGCUUUCAGCAUUGAGGAAUAUGCCAAAAAGGCUCACGCACGGGGUGCCUAUCUCAUUGUUGAUAGCACAUUUGCUCCUCCCCCGCUGCAGGACCCGUUUGUGUGGGGUGCUGAUAUCGUCAUGCAUUCUGGGUCGAAAUAUUUCGGUGGACACAGUGACCUCCUCUGUGGUGUCCUUGUCGUCAAGCGAAAGGACUGGCUGAAGCAACUGUUCGAAGAUCGAUUGGCCAUUGGUAAUGUCAUGGGUAAUAUGGAAAGUUGGCUGGGCACACGCAGUCUCCGGACUCUGGAUGUGCGAGUGCAACGUGCAAGCCAGAACUCUACGCAACUGAUUUCAUGGCUCAACAACUCUCUGAAUACCCCAGACGCUGCCCCAGGCAGUGAAGCAAGUAUCGUGCAAAAGGUACUCAAGAAGAUAUACCACGCCAGUCUCCAAGACGAGCCAUGGAUGAAGACGCAAAUGCCAAAUGGCUUUGGGCCGGUAUUUUCCAUCAUCUUGCAGAGCGAGGAGUUCGCAAGACUCCUCCCGACCAAGCUUUCCUUUUUCCAGCACGCAACCAGUCUGGGGGGCGUCGAGUCGUUGAUCGAAUGGCGCGCAUUGUCGGAUUCCAGGGUCGAUCGGAAGUUAUUGCGAGUCAGUGUUGGGUUGGAGAACUGGGAGGAUCUGAAAAAUGAUCUCCUUCAGGCUUUCAAGUCGGUGAUUCAAUGA